AUGAAGUCGUGGCUCGUGGCCGCUUCACUGGUUUCGACAUGGGGCAUUGCACAAGCCCAAAUCAUCCAGUGGACCAUCGAGGGUCGUCAUCCUCAACCACACCUGGCUCGUCGUAGCAAAACAACAUAUGAGGAAGUCAUCAGUAACGAUAGGUCCCAAGGGGGUUACUUUACGGAUGUUACCAUUGGCAACCCACCUCAGAACAUCACCCUUCAGCUGGACACCGGGAGCAGCGAUGUCUGGGUCCCAUGGAACUGCGCAAAUAUUUGUGAAGAAGAUGAUCAUGGCAAAGCCGGAUGCCCUUUUGGAAGCUUUGACCCCGACAAGUCCAAGUCAUUCAAGCAUGUUGCACCCGGCAUGUUCGGCAUCACUUUUGUAGACGACAGCUAUGUCAAGGGUGACUAUUUUGAAGACCACUUUGAACUGGAUGGCGCAGUCAUCAGUAACCUGACCAUGGGUCUGGCUGUCAAAACCAACAUUUCAUACGGACUGAUUGGUGUCGGUUACGCGAAAAACGAAGCUUCCGGUAGCACUGCGGAUGUUAUCUAUCCUAACCUUCCUGUCGCGAUGUGGCAAGCUGGAUAUACCAACACCAUCGCGUAUAGUGUGUGGCUCAAUGAUCUUGACGCCAAGUCCGGUAGCAUUAUGUUUGGAGGGGUGGACGCAGCCAAAUUCGUGGGCGAUAUGCGCCGGAUCGAUAUUCAAAAGCUCGACGGCCAUUACUAUCACUUCAUCGUUGCCCUGACCUCGCUGGUCGCCACUAGCUCCAGCGGCAGCGACAAUCUUACCUCUAAUUCUUUCCCGAUAAAGACAGUGCUUGAUUCUGGAACUACGCUCAGCUAUCUGCCCAACGAUUUGGUGACCGAGAUCUGGAAAGAGGUUGGUGCUGUCUGGUCAUCGUAUUAUGGAGUUGCUGUUCUGCCAUGCGAGUAUGGUAAAAACCAAGGGAAUUUCACCUUUGGAUUUGCUGGCCCAGAUGGCCCUCAUAUCAGUGUAGGCAUGGAUGAGCUUGUUCUCACUUUGACCAGCGACGAGAGAAAUAUGCCCACCUUCGAAUCGGGUCCUUACAAGGGCGAGAGCAUAUGUACUUUUGGUAUUCAGAACGACACCAGUGAUCUCUAUCUCCUUGGCAACACUUUUCUUCGAUCCGCUUACGUUGUCUACGAUCUGGUCAAUAACGAGGUUGGAAUUGCCGCAACCGACUUCAACUCUACAAAGACCAACCCAGUGGCAUUCGAGAGCUAUGGAGCCACCAUCCCAUCUGCUACGGCAGUGGCCAACCAGCACCAAGCAACCGAGAAUCCAUCCGUCUCAGGUCAUAACUAUACUGCCGCUGAUGGGUUCCAAGAGUCAGAUCGGGACUCGAAUAAUGAUGACGAGGACAACACCGCAUCACUACUCACGCCUUCUGGGAUACCUUUGAUGUUGGGUGUCGUUACAAUGUGCUUGGUGUCGUUUGGGGGAGGCAUAUCCUUGAAUUGA